AUGAUCGACCAACUCCUGUUCAGAACUGCUGCAUUUCUUCUUCCAGUCAUAAAUUCAAUUCUUCGAGAUGGACCUUCAAAAGUUAAACCGAAAACCAUUGAAAAUAAAAGUUUCCGUACCUGUCAGUAUCCUUUGGCUUUAAUUAUUUCUCCAACACGUGAACUUUCUCUUCAAAUCUACAAUGAAUCGCGAAAGUUUUCGUAUCGUACGCCGAUCACUUCUGCCCUGUUGUAUGGAGGGCGGGAGAACUAUCGUGACCAAAUCAACAAAUUACGGGUCAAUAAUACAUUUCAUUAUCCCCACGCACAUUUUUAACUAACUAAUAGAUAUAAUGGGCAGGGCAACCUAACGUUUAUUUUUUGACAUUGAAAGCGCAUAAUAUUACGAGUUUCGGCGUAGGCGAAAUAUAAUGAUCGGAAGCAGGCCCGUAGCCAGGAUUUUUUUUCGGGGGG